ACUCAAUAUGGCAAGUUUCAUUGACAAGCUUCCAGAAAUCAGCAGGGAAAGCAAGAUGGAGAUCACCCUUCUCUUCUUCCUCACUGUCGAAAUGGUUAUCGUCUGGAUUAGCUACUUGUUCAUUAAUCCCGUUGAAAAUUUCAUUUACAAUAUUUGGAUGUUCCAUCUUCUGAUCGCCUUGUUUUUAUCUGUGUUUUGCAAAACUCUCAACUUUGCCAUCUAUCGUGCCGGAUUCAGACUUCUCCACAUGUGCUACAAUGUCUACAUUCUCUAUACGUUGGGAUAUAUGAUCGUUCCGUUCCACAUCUCUCUGUACUUUUUGUUUGAGUUUACCUACACGGUUUAUGGAAUUUCGUACAAACAGAUGGAUUACCCCACUACGUGGAUUGUGAUUUCACUCCAAAAGUGUGGAUCCCGUGGCACUGGGCCUAUGCACAACUCCCCCAUUUACCCAUUCACCAGUGUUGCUUGCGAGACGAUUCGAAAGGAGUGUAUCCUUAACGAAGAAAAGCUUGACGAUUCGGAUGGUUAUUACUCUGCUCUCGAAGAUGUUCUUUUCCCAGUCGUUACUCCAACUAACAAAUUGAGCGAACGUCUCAUUGUUUAAUUUAUUGAUUUCCAAAGAAUGUAUUGAAUGUGGUUCAAAUUACGUGUGAAUAAAUACGUGUAUGUGUCUU